AUGUCGCAUAUGGACUUGUGUAACCAUGUCGAAUAUGAAGAUAUGGAUAACAUCCCAAUUAUUGUGCAACAUAGUGGACACUGGGAUGAGAACAAUAAUUACAAAAAUUUCAAGGUUUUUGGUGUGCUACUUCCAGCAAAUUGCAACUACAUUUACUUGGUAGGAAUGAUAUGUAACGAACUGAAAUUGCAGCCCCAGUUGACUACAUUGAUAAUUGAGUACCAAGCAAAAGAAGGCUAUCCACCAUUUAAAAUUUUGGAUGACAACAAUUUGUUGUUUUAUAUAGAGUUGAAGAAAAGAGAGGCUGAUUUUAACAAGUACCCUUUGAGCAUUACUUUACAAGAAUCGUAUAUGCAACCAUCAGUUAAUUCCACUCGGAGUGAAGCAACCGUUGAUAAUGUUUGUGAUGAAGCUCAGAUUACAGAAUGCUUAUCAUCCAGUGUUGCUAAUGACUUCCCUGAUGAUUUAAACAAAAACACUGUUGGAGACUUUAUGGACUAUGCAGAAAUGGUUUCACGACAACUGCUGACUAUGCCAACUAAUGAUCUUGUUACAACAACUAGUGCAGAGGUCGGUUCAAAUGAAAUCAUAGAAGACAAGCACAAGUCAGAUUUGAUACCAAUGCAAGUUUACAAGGACAAAGAAACACUGCAGAUUGCUCUAAGCCACUAUGCAAUAAAGAAGAAUUUCCAGUUUAAAGUGCACAAGUCUUGCAGGAAAGAGUAUUUAGUGAAAUGUCUAGACAACAGUUGCAGUUGGUUGUUGCGUGCAUCAAGGAAUGGCAGAACUGAUCAGUUUGUAAUACGGAGGUUUGUUAACAUUCAUAACUGUGCUUUAGAAAUACGAUUUAAAGGACAACGACAAGCAACAACAAGCAUUGUUGCAGAUACAAUAAAACAGAAGUUCACAAAUAUCAAAACGUCCUACACAGUUGCAGAUAUUAUACGUGACUUGAAGCAUGAUCACAAUGUCAACCUCACAUACAAUAAAGCAUGGAGAUCUAAGGAAAAAGCAAUGGAAAUUGUGAGAGGGAAUGCAACUGAAUCCUUUUCUGAUUUAUAUACUUAUUUGUAUAUGUUGUACAAUACAAAUGUGGGAUCAGUCGUGGAACUCCAGUUGACACAAGAUAAAUGUUUCAUGUAUGUUUUCAUUGCUUUGAAUGCUUCAAUAAAGGGAUGGAAUUAUUGUCUUCCUAUUGUAGUUGUUGAUGGAACUUUUCUGAAAUCAGCAUAUGGAGGGACAUUAUUAGUUGCUGCAACUCAAGAUGCAGGUGGCAAAAUCUUUCCACUAGCAUUUGCCGUUGUUGAUUCAGAGAACGAUCAAUCAUGGGAGUGGUUUUUCGUCAAAUUCAGAAAAGCUUAUGGAGGAAGAGAAGAUAUGGUUAUAGUAUCAGACAGACAUGAAAGCAUUAUCAAAGGAGCUGCUAAGGUAUACGCUGAAGUACCUCAUGUUUUUUGCGUUUUUCAUAUACUUGGCAACAUGAAAACUAAGUUCAGGAAAAAUUUGAAGAGGGUAAAAGAUGCAUUUCUCUCUGCUGCAAAUGCAUAUACAAUUAAGAAAUUUGACUAUCACAUGAAAGAAAUUGAGAAGGUCGAUAAAAGAGUGCAAAUGUUUUUAUUAGAAGUUGGCUAUGAAAAAUGGGCUAAAGUUCAUUCAGCAAACAAUCGGUAUUCAAACAUGACUUCAAACAUUGCUGAAUGUUUAAAUUCUGUCAUCAUUUCAAUACGGGAGUUGCCAAUUUGUACGAUGAUUGAAAGUUUGCGAGCCUUGAUACAAAAAUGGAGUUGGAAAAAUAGGAAUGAAGCAAAUGCAACCUCGACAAAGUUGACAGCAAAAUAUGAAGAUCUGCUGAAAACAAACUACCACUACUCUAUUGAUUUGACGGUGCACCCGACAAAUGAAAUUUUUUUUGAAGUUCAUAACAAGGAGAAAAAGUAUAUUGUUGACUUGAGCACAAAAACUUGCAACUGCAACAGGUUUCAAAUGGAUCAUAUUCCAUGUUCCCAUGCCAUUGCUGCUUUACAAAAAUCAAGCCUUGACCCUUAUGACUAUUGCUCACCAUAUUACAAGAAAGAAACGAUGGUUGCAACUUAUAAAGAAAUUGUAUAUCCUGUUGGUCACCAGGAUGCUUGGCAAGUACCUGAGGAUAUCAAAUCAGUUGUAGUUUACCCUCCACAAGGAAGAAUAAGGGUUGGCAGGCCAAAGAAAAGAAGAUGCAAGGCUACUUGGGAAAGAAGUGCAAAGACGACACAAGUUCAAUGCGGGAAGUGCAAGCAAAUUGGACAUAAUAGAAGAACUUGCAGAAAUCCUAUGAAAGUUAAUUAG